UUAACGCUUUUAGCGCACCCUUCAGAGGGACUAUGCUCUCCACCUGAUCUCAACCACACUCCACCUGGUGUUGUGACGAAAUUAGACGCAUUUCACAGACCGAAACUCAAUUGGAGAAUGACCGGUGAGCGCCUUGUUUGUUUAUGCUGCUCGAAGAAGAAUCAAUGUUUCUGCAAGAAAUGCACUUUAGAGAAAUUGAAAUUCUAUUCACGAAAGGAAAACAUAUCGAUUAGAUCGAUACGGAAAGCAGAACUAGAGAAAGAAGUUGACAGCAUCCUCGGAGAGGUGUCUCACCUCCAUGCUGAAAUCAACACAACCACGGCUAACAUAACAUUGCUGAGGAAAUGGGUUGACGAGAAAAAACAAAUAAACAAAUUGAAAACGGAUCGUUUGGCAGCAAUAGAGCAGAUGAUCGCUUCGACAGCUAGGCAUGCUAAUAAGGUUUUGUCGUAUUACGAUAAGCACGAUGCAAAUGAAUUGACUAUGCAGAAAAGACGAGAGUAUAAGGAAGCUAAAGUCAGCGAAAUGAAUAGAAACGUUUUUCUCCUACGCAAAUCGCUUUGUGGUUCCUUGUUCUCAAUUUUCCCAGUCUCCGAAGUAAUCGCUCAGAGUGUACGACCACAGGGUAGUACGGUUCGAGCUGAUGAGAACACAAAUGGAAGGUGGACGAUGGUUGGCGGUCAUCAAAUCGAAGAGGGGCCUAUGAUAAAAGUGAGCUACGUUAUCACAUUAAAUUUUAUGAGUUCAGAACCUUUCACAAUCCAUACUUGGUGCGAGACAAUUUCCUUAUCCGAUGCAGCACGUGAGCGGCUUGGAGAUGCGUUGUCGGACUCACUUCUAAACCUCACUACCGACCUACGCUCACCAUUUGCUGCUUUUCUACUAUCUUUACAACUUGUAAGCAAUAUAGCAGCGAUUUUCGACUUCCGCCUGCCAUAUUUGUUGUCUUUUCGUGAUGUUUCUCUGAGAGAGCGGUGGAGUCGUGAGCUGUUAGACAACGAUUGGUUUAAAUUUUGUCAGUCAGUGCUAUCAUUAGGCCUUCAUUUGGGAAUGCCACCCGAAAAUCUUCACUUCAAUUAUCCUCACUCCAAUAUUAUCGAACAAGCAAGAUUCGUUCUCGAAGGAGUCGUUGCUCCUAAG